AUGUUUGCUGUGCCGGGAUGGUCGGUCUCUGUGGCCGAAUUGAAGCCACAGACAGAGCAAGAAACUCCUGCUUCACAUACUCCCGCGGCUGACAAUAGGCCUGACAAUACUUCGCGGUCCAAGAAGCGGAAGCGGAAGCAUGGCACGGAGGACAAGGUUACGAAAGCGAAUGUGGAUGAGAUGUGGAGAAGGCAUAUUGAAGGCCAGGACACAAAGGAAAGAAGUGCUGUCGGAACAAAAUCCAGAAAGCAGAAAAAGAAGGAAAAGAAAUUGGAGAAUACAAAGCGCGAUACCGAGAACUACACUGCUCAAGCCGAUGCACCGAGCACCGAACGCAGAGAUGGGAAGUCGAAGUCCACGAGGCUUAAUGGUGAUGAAAUUGCCGAUGAAGCCUCAGAGCUUCCUCGAAAGAAACGAAAACAGACCGAGCGGGUGGAAAAUUCCAUGAACGCCAAAAACAAACCGUCUACUUCUGUCGCAAGUCUGCCCCCCUCGACGUCAGAAUCUAACUUGACGCCUUUGCAAAAGGCCAUGCGAGAUAAAUUGGUAUCCGCGCGGUUCCGUCACCUCAAUGAAACACUCUAUACAACUCCCUCGACCCAGGCGCUAGAGCUCUUCACCGCGAACCCAGAACUUUUCUCUGAGUACCAUGCUGGAUUUUCACGUCAGGUGAAAGAAUCCUGGCCAUCAAAUCCCGUGGACGAUUAUAUCCUCUCCGUGAGAACCAGAGGGCCUAUCCGACCUCCGUCCAAGGGACAUAAGAAGCCCGAAAGGCCUGGAGGGCCAACUCCACUGCCAAGGCGCCCAAAUGGCCUAUGCACUAUCGCGGACCUGGGCUGCGGCGAUGCGCAAUUUUCGCGUGCACUUACCCCUGUGUCGAAAAAAAUGAAGAUGAAGAUACUUAGCUAUGACCUUCACGAAGGUGACCCUCUUAUUACGAAAGCGGAUAUCUCAUCCCUCCCGCUUGAGGAUGGCACAGUCGAUGUCACAAUUUUCUGCCUCAGUUUAAUGGGGACGAAUUGGGUGUCUUUCGUCGAAGAGGCCUGGAGAGUUCUGAGGGGAGACGGCAAGGGUGAAUGCUGGGUCAGUGAGGUCAAGAGUCGGUUUGGAAAAGUGACCAAGAAGAGUAAACAGGCUUCUAAGCCUCCUGCAUGGAGUAAAAAUAAGACGAAGAAGAGGCGCAAGGAGACAGACGACGAUGAGGACGAUGUUGGCGAUGAAAUAUUUGCCGAAGACGUGCGUGCAAACCCAAAUGAUGACGAUGAAACUGACAUAUCUGCGUUUGUGGAAGUGUUCAGGACAAGAGGUUUUAUUUUGAAGCCGCAGUCAGUGGAUAAGUCAAAUAAGAUGUUUGUCAAAAUGGAGUUUGUCAAGCAUGGAGUGCCGACAAAGGGGAAAUGGGCUGGCGGGGGGGGUGCAGGGAAAGCGGCUAAGAAGAGGUUUCUUGAGCCUGAAGAUAGCACGCUAACUCCGGAGGAAGAAGCUAAGGUGUUGAAACCGUGUGUUUACAAGAUCAGGUAG